AUGGAUUUGUCAUAUGCAAGUCUUCUACCAGAUUGCUACAAGAGACAAGCAUGGAUUGCUACAUACGACGGGACAAUUCAACCGCACGCAGCGGCAAGUGAUGUUCAAAUCCCUGAACACAUCUCCCAAAUGUGUGUGUUCCCACCGCAGACAAAAAUACCUCUAGGAAGACGUCGCAAAACAAGGUUCCCAUCAACCGAAGGAGAAUACAACCAAGGUUUCGACGAACAGAUUCUCUCGUUGCAAAGAGGUGGGUCACAACCGUACUCGAUGCACUAA